GCCAAAACAGUGACCGUUUGCAUGUCUGGUACCCGCGGAAGUGUUAGGAGUAUGAAGGAGAUGUUGUUAGUUUGCGUGAAAUGCGUGAAACCCUUCGAUAGUUUGUUGUAGCUUUUGUGCAAUCUUCGGUAUUUUGUUGCAGAAACAAGAAAAAAACGGUUUGAGCAGGAUGUUGGAGUGUGGCAUGCUGGAGCGGGACAGGAAGACUCUCCAGAGAUGCCACAAGGACCUGGGCAAACAGCUGGUGGUGGACGAGGCGCUCAUCCAGGCACUGCUGGCAGACAACAUCCUGACGGAGAGCAUGGCCGAGACGAUCAUGGCCGAGCCAAUUUCUCAGAAACGAAGCUUUCGUUUGAUACUCCUCCUACCAAAGCGAGGCCCCAGAGCCUUUAGCAGCUUCUGUUUAGCUCUACAAGACACUGAACAGCAGCACCUUUGUGACCUGCUUACACAGUCAGCAGAGAGAGAUGGCGAAGAGGUGUGUGUAGAGAGAGCCGUUGCUUCUUCUCUUCCAUUUCCCACACAAGAGAGUAUUCCAGCCAAGAGAGCACGUACACAUGAUUCCAUGGAGUGUAGUCUGGACGCUGAUAGUCCCAUCAACACUCCUGUGCUCCCUUGCACUCCUGACGUUUACCUCUCUCACUGUCAGCAGGCUUACAAAAUGAGUUCAUCUCCUCGUGGUUUAGCCUUGGUGAUUAGCAACGUGACGUUCGACACUCGUGCUGCUCCUGGACUUGACCCCAGGAAGGGGGGUGAAGUUGAUGAUGAAGUCCUCAGGAAAGUCUUCACGGAGCUGGACUACACAGUUUAUGUCCACAGAGACCUCACUGCUCAGGACAUGAGGACAUGCAUUGAGAACUUUUCUCGUGAGCCAAACCACAGAACGGUGGACAGCUGUGUGCUGUGCCUGCUCUCCCACGGAGUGGAAGGAGCGGUGUAUGGCACAGACGGACAGCUUUUGCAGCUGGACUGGGUAUUUGAGGCAUUCGACAACGCACACUGUCCUCUCCUUCAAAACAAACCAAAGAUGUUUUUUAUUCAGGCCUGUAGAGGAGAGGAGAUGGACUGUGGAGUGGAGAAGACAGAUGGACCAGCGAGAACCACCUCACCAAGCUGUGAACAGCAGGAUGCUGGGAGGGAGGGCUCAGACUUAACAGAGGGCCGAGACAUUGGCAGGCCCAGAAUUAAACUGCCCCAGCGAUCUGACAUGAUCUGCGGCUUUGCAUCUCUCAAAGGUCAGAAACUUUGCACAGCAGCCAUGCGAAACACAAAGAGAGGAUCCUGGUUCAUCCAGGAACUCAACACAACACUCCGCCUUCACGCCAAAGACAUGCACCUUGCAGACAUCCUGGUGAAGGUCAACGGGCGUAUCAAGGAGCGAGAGGGUUACGCCCCAGGCACCCCGCACCAUCGCUGCAAAGAGAUGUCAGAGUUCACCAGCUCAUUGUGCAAAGACCUCUACCUGUUCCCCAAGUACCAGCCCCAGUACUGAUUUGCAAACACGCACUUGAACAAAUCAAACACUUAUAGACCAUUCCUUGCAUUGAAACCUUUGAAUAAGGGCACACAACUGGUCAUUCCUCAGCAACUACUGCCACACACGCUCACAUUCUCCUGUUAGAGCUUCACAUCCUCAUCCAUUCAUUCAUUCAUUUCAUGUAUAUAUUGUUUCCACAGACCCAUUUGCACAGACUCUCACACAAUGUGCAGCGUCUGAGCACACAUUUGCCACGUGUCUGUAUCAAUGCCAGUGACAGGGUCUCCAUGUUAAUCAUUUUUAACCUUUAGAUUUUGUUUUCUGACAGAAGAGGUACCUUGAGGAUUCACCACUCUCUCUUUUUAAACAGAAUUUUGUACACAGAUCUAUUUUUGUGCCUUUAUUUUAUAUCAAAUAGUUUUAUAGGGGUUUAAAUCCCAUUGUCUUUGUCCUUUUUGUACAAGUCUUUGUUGCUAUACAUUUUGAUCAUCUCUUGGUUUUUAGCACAGUCACAGACAGGGGGCAGCACAGCAGAGACAAAUAACAUUUCUACUACUAGAGAGUAAUUAUACUUAGUUCAUGCACUUCAAACAAAUCUUUACUCUUAUUAGUACACUUUAACCUUUAGUGUUGCUGCAUCCAGUUACAGUGAAGAUUAUACUGUAAAAAAAUGCAGGUUCUGUUCUCAUAAGCCAAAGGUUUAAUAUAGGCUUAUUUAUUUUCUUACAUAGAUUGUUGCACAAAGAAGAAAAAAAAAGCAUUGAUGACAGUUUUAAAACUAACGUCUUUUCUUGUCAGUCAUUUCACUCAUGUUUGUUCAUUUGACCUUCAGCUUCGUAAGAGCACCAACCUAAACCCUGCAAAUCUCUCCUCAUGCUCGCUGUGUUAUUGUAGAUGUGUCCCUAUCAGGGUGGUGGGCUGCCAGGGGAAUGUGGUGCUGCCUGUCGGGUCAUACACCUACUGUAUGAACUCUGACCUUUACUCUGACUCUGACUCCUAAUAGUGUUUCUCCCUGUGUGGGCGUUUCACAUUUAGCUACUACCAACUGUUCUGAUCCAUACUGUAUCAGACACAGUAAGGAUGGAUUUUUUUUGUAUUUUACUUGUCUUCCAUUGACAGUAUGCAGUUUUCUAUCUGGCCUGUGCCAUGUGGGAAUGUUUAAUUAGACACAUUUAUUACCAUGGUGGUGCUUUCGUAUGAUACUGUGUCACUUUGACACCCCCUCUUCCACACAGAGACAGAGCUUGUUUAGUUACAACAGUGUUGUAGUAAGAAAGAAACAUAUGGAAUAUGAGGUGUAAACCGUACUCAUAAGAAGCAUGGAGUUUACCCUGGUCUGGCCUUGGAUUAGUAUGAAAGGGUAACUCACCUGCAGAGUGAGAAGUUGGCUGUGCUGCCAAAGCUGUGUGGUGCAGUGGGGCUGGG